AUGUCUUAUCAUACUGAAGUGGAUGCCGAGUGGGUAGACAAAGAAAUUGCAAAACUCAACCAACUGAUCGCAAAUGAGGAGAAUAAGAUGAUAGAAGAAGCGCGUGUUUCGCAAGUUUCAAAUUCGGUUGAGAGAACACAAUCACCGAGAAACUUCCUGACCUCAGCGUCACCAUUAUUACCACUCCAAACACAUAUCUCAGAAUCCCUAGAAUCACCACAACCAACAGCUGAAUCACAAUCAUGUCAGAUGCCGGAUGUUCUUAGACAAUGGGGGAGUCUAGAAACGUACAACAGAUUCAACUUUGAUGCUCUUCAGCAUGCUCUUAAACAAGUUCUCAUUGGUGGUCAAAGAAUGGACGACGAAAGAAAUGCUGAUAAAAUUGAUUCAAUAGCAGAUACGGGGGCGGAAGAUCAACAGUCUGAGCUAGAAGCCGCCUUUCUGAAAGACUCCGAUGAAGAAAAUGAAGGUGUCGAAGACGAUAGAGACGAUGACUGGGAGGAAUAUUUCGAUUGCGAAGAGGAAUUGAGCGACGAUGAUUACUUUUUAUACGACGGGAACCUUCGGGAGGGAAUGUCUGAGUACAUAAAUGACCAGGCAGAAGAAAUCUCAGAAGAGGACGAGCCUCAGUUUGCAGCACAUCUAUUUAGCAACCCACUACAAGCACUUGAGGACCAGGAAAACAAUCAUGAUGCUAGUUUGACUAAUUCAACCAACCCGAAAGAAGCAUCAGAGAAGAGCUCUUACAAGAAGCUAUCCAGAACCUGGGUCACACGCUUCCUAGCCAAUAAAGCCAAGAGCAGACGCCGUCGUAUGCCCAGAGGACCUGGUAGAUUUAUAUACCCGUCUAGCGAAGAUGUUCUACUUCUAUUCAUGAACGGAAUCAAGAUAAAUGGUGCACGACCGACCAGAGGAGAUACAGAGCUUUUGCGAAAUCAAAAACAUCGGGAAUCGGGUCGAUUCGUUUCGUUUUCUAGUCCAUUGAGACACUGCUGGACUUAUAUAUCAUGUGAAGAAGAAGCUACUUAG